GUCCGCAGUGGGACGAAGCGGAAGAGACUCCUCUCUGGCUGUGUUGUGCUCGUGCCUGCUGCAUCUCCUCAGAGAUCAUCGUCUUUUGUUCGCUGUGUUUACAUCCGAGCCCGGAGCGUCCAGAACCGCACCGGACCGCCACGACACCAGGAGGGGAUGGAGCCUCACGGCAGAGACGACCCAAAGGGACCGGUACUUCACAUCGUGGUGGUUGGAUUUCACCACAAAAAGGGCUGUCAGGUUGAGUUCUCGUACCCGCCGCUGCUGCCAGACGAGAGUCAUGACAGCAACCUGCUGCCGGAGGAGUGGAAGUACCUCCCGUUCCUGGCUCUGCCCGACGGAGCGCACAACUACCAGGAAGACACGGUGUAUUUCCACCUGCCGCCGCUCAGUGGAGACAUGAAGUGUGUCUACGGAGUUUCAUGUUAUCGCCAAAUAGAAGCAAAGGCCCUGAAGGUCCGACAGGCUGACGUCACCCGGGAGACGGUUCAGAAGAGCGUCUGCGUCCUCAGUCGAGUGCCUCUCUACGGUCUGCUGCAAGCUAAACUACAGCUCAUCACACACGCCUACUUCGAGGAGAAAGACUUCUCACAGAUCUCCAUAUUAAAGGAGCUGUACGACCACAUGAACGGCUCUCUGAGGGGUUCGGCUCUGGAGGGAUCGCAGGUUUAUCUCAGUUUGUCUCCGAGGGAUUUAAUUCUGCACUUUCGGCACAAGGUUCUCAUCCUCUUCAAGCUCAUUCUGCUGGAGAAGAAGGUUCUGUUCUACGUGUCUCCUGUCAACAGACUAGUCGGAGCUCUGAUGACAGUGUUAUCACUGUUCCCAGGGAUGAUCGAGCAUGGCCUGGUGGACUCGUCCCACUACAGGCCGAAGAGCAGCGUGUCGGAGGACCCGAGCCUGGCGGAGAGCGCCGAGGAGUUCGUCUCCGUGUCCGUCACCGACAUCGGCGACGCCGCGCUGGACCUGGAGACCGCCGAGCCCGCCGCUCAGUCUCUGUCCUCCGGGAACAGCGCCGAGGGCGACAACCACCUCCUCAAACCGCCGUCACGCACCUCGCCAGAGUCCUCCGAGAGCGACUGGGAGACUCUGGACCCCAGCGUGUUGGAGGAGAAAGAGGCGGCGGAGGGGAAAGACGCGGCGGCGGACCUAACAGACGCCUUCGACUCCAAGCCGGGGACGCCCAUCACCGUGCAGCCGCAGUCCGGCAGCGGUCAGGGAGUCGUCCAGGGUCUGGUGUCCGGUCUGGAGGAGGACCAGUACGGCCUGCCGCUCGCCAUCUUCACCAAGGGUUACCUGUGUCUGCCCUACAUGGCGCUGCAGCAGCAUCACCUGCUGUCAGACGUGACGGUGCGCGGCUUCGUUGCCGGGGCGACCAACAUCCUCUUCCGACAGCAGCGGCACCUCAGCGACGCGAUCGUCGAUGUGGAGGAAGCCGCCGUCCACAUCCAGGACCCGGAGCUCCGCAAGAUCCUGAGCCUGACGACGGCAGACCUGCGCUUCGCCGACUACCUGGUGAAGCACGUGACGGAGAACCGCGACGACGUCUUUCUGGACGGGACGGGCUGGGAGGGCGGAGACGAGUGGAUCAGAGCCCAGUUCACCCUCUACCUCCACUCCUUACUGUCCUCCGCCCUGCAGGAAGAUAACGAGCGGCUGCUGGCUGAUUACGGCGCUCCGUUCGUCACCGCCUGGAAAAUCUCCCACAACUACCGAGUGUGGUACAGCAACAAGCACCCCGCCAUGGCCGCCAUCACCCCGGGACAUCCGUUCCAGGGUCAGUACAGCGUGGCGGACGUGAAGCUGCGACUUUCACACUCGGUGCAGAACAGCGAGAGAGGGAAGAAGAUCGGGAACGCCAUGAUGACCACCAGCCGCAGCGUCGUGCAGACGGGGAAGGUCGUAGGUCAGUCGGUGGGCGGAGCAUUGACCAGCGCCAAGUCGGCCAUGUCGUCCUGGUUCUCCACGCUGGCCCAGCCUGCAGCCGGACCCCCGACAGAACCAGCCACAGAGGCCAAACCCUGAAACCCUGAACCCUCCUGGUCCUGCUGAUCUUCUGGCUGCUGUGACUGAAGCGAGUGAAGCCUGAGAUGCUUUUUAAUGAAGGAUGAGAUCUUCAGAAUCAAGAACUAUAAAAGAACCCGGGGACGCCGGUCUGGACAGGACUAACUGUACAGCCCCGUAUCCACUGUGAGACCGGACCGGCGCCAUCGAUCAAAAACCGGGCUGCCUCCCGUGUGAGCGCCUGUUUCGUGUUUGCUGGAUGAGACACUACAGAUGCUGUCGUUGAGUUUGCGGUGUUCAAGUCUCUGCUGCGUAUUUCUAGAGUUCAUCCUUAUAUCCGACUGUAUUGCUGAGAAAUUAUGUUAAAAAAAUCAAAAACAAAAAAAUAUUAAUAAUAAUGAUGAUGAUGUCACAGGAUUUGACAGAAGAGCUGCAUGAGACCUUUUUUUAGAUUUUAAACUCCGUCUGGCUCGCGUUCAGUGUGGUGACAUGGUGGUUGUCGCGGUAACAGCAUGAGUUUUAAUCGUUUACGCUGAAAUUAACAAUUAUUUUCAUCAUUGGUCAGUUCGUUAAUUGUUCUCGUUGAGUCUAAAAUAUGUCAGAAAAAUCACAAUUUCCCCCACAAACAAAUCAGAUUGAAAAUAGCCAGCUAAUUGUGUUAGCGUUAGCUUACCUGCUAAAAUGCUUUAGCUACUGUUGCAAGAGUGAUUCUAGAGAAGUGUGCAGUAAUUAUUAACAUUUACAUCACAGGCAUUAGCUCAGAGCAAGCUAGCAAAAAACGGCUGCGUUUAGCAAACUGUUAGCUUAACAAGCUAAAUGUUACGUUGACAAAAGAUGUAAAUCGUCACUGAUGAUACUUCAGUUGCACCCUCAGUUAUUUGAUUAAGAUGUUUACAGUUAACUGAAGCAUUUUAGCUAGCAAAAAACUAGCUAGCUUAUGCAACUUAUAAGUUUUUACAUAUUCAGAUAGAUUAAAUCAUACAAAAAUUCAAGGAUGAAACAAAAAAGUCAGAGAUUGUUAAUGUUUUUUCGACAGAAGCAUCGUUUCUGUAAACUUCUAAGUAGUGUUAGCUAGCCAUAGCUAACUUUUCUACUAUUAGCUCAGUUAAAUAACACAAGGUAAUGAGGCAAGUAAAAAAAAAAAUAACAGAAUAAAUCAAUACAAAAAAUGUGAGCUCAUUUAGCUAAAUUGAGUGUUUGAAUAAUUUGAAAUAAGUUGAGCAGAAUCUUUGUUUUUUCUUGUAAUGUUACCAGUCAGCCCAUUUUUAGCCACAAUUUAGCUUGCAAGAAAAUACAAUCAACAAUAGCUAGUAAGACGGUUUUUAAUUUAGUCUGAAAUUAUGAGAAAAGAUUUAAUAAAUCAAACACAUGUACACAAAAGCACAUCUUCCAAAUAGUGUUAGAUAGCUAACUUUGUAAUUUUAUCAGUUAGCUUAAGUAAGUUAGCUAGCUAAAAAUGGCUGCAGUUAGCUAGCUGUGUUUCAGUUACACUAGCUAGCCACACAGUCUGAUGAUUAAUAAUUGUUCUUAUAUGCGCCACAAAUUAAUUAAAUACGUUUUAAGUUUUCAACUGUUUGCCGCUAACUCAAAGCUCAUUUCUUUUUAUACAUUGUUAAACUUUUUACUCUUAUUAAAAAUCAUUUUAUCACAUUAUGUCAGUUUCUGGGCUCCAAACACGUCUUUUAAAUAACUUGUUCUCUCCAAAACUCAUAAAAUAUUUAAUUUAAGAUGAUAUCAAAGAAAUAAAAGCAGCUAAGUUCCCAUUUUGUGAAGCUGGAAAACACAAUAUUUGGUAUUUCUCGAUAAAUGACGUCUCAAAUCGCUCAGCUCUACAUGACAAACAUAAUUUAAAAAGCCAAACGCUGUUACUAAAACAACCACAAUGUCAUUACUUGAAUCCUCGUGUCCCUAAAGCCUGAUUCAUGAUGAAAACCUCCCUUGAUACCUAUGAAGGAACCUGCAACUCGGCUGUUUAACCCUCAUCCGGGCCUUUUUGUACUUCGCUGUCAGAGUAUAUAUAAUCGGGAGAACUAUAUUUAGUACAUCUGAAGCUAGUUUACGUCAGAUAUCUUAUUUAUUUGUUGUGUUUAUAAACUUGUAAUCUCAUAAACGUCUCAUGUUUCGUCCCGACAACACUGGAACAAGUCGAUACUGUUGUGUUAAACUCUAUUUAUGUGACGACAAACAUCCGACAACUGUUGGGUCUUUAAAAGCGGUCCGGUGAGCGUGUUCUGUUCUGUCCCGGUCCAGCAGUGUUAGCACUCGUCAUCUCUUCCGGUCUGUAAAUCUUUUAAUGUCGGCUCUGAAAUAAUAAAAAAAAGCUGCUUCUUGUUUUUCUUUUUCUUUCUCUCUUUUUUAUCCUCUGAUGGUCUAUUUUCAUUUUGUAUUUAAAAAGAUUUGAAUGUACUGUGAACUGAAAAAAGAUUCACAGAGUAUUUUUCUUGACAGAUGCUUUUAAUGUAUUUGAGAAGAAAGUGAAUCUAUAAAACUAUAUUGCUGUAUUAAAAAAAAUUAUUAAAAUAUAA